AAGUCGCGUUUGUAUUCCAUUUCUGAUUACCAUGUGGAUUCAAAAGCAAGCGAAAGUCGUCCGUGCGUAAAACGGGCCUAACACGAACCCUGUGCGGCCGCUGAGUGACGUAGAACGGGAGGAGGCGUGGCUAACGGCGGAGACAUCAACAGAGAAUCGAUGAAAGGAACGUUACGUUCGGCUCAUUCAGUUUCCACGUUGGCUCGGAAAGGGAAGCGGGGCAAACACGGAGCAUGAAGACUGUACCGUCACCCGAGACUCCGGGACACAAAUCCAGGAGGAAGGCGUCCAAACCCAUGAUGGAGAAACGCAGACGGGAGCGAAUCAACAGCAGCCUGGAAGCCUUACGGCUACUGAUGCUGGAAAACACGCGAAACGAGAAGCUGAGGAACCCGAAGGCGGAGAAGGCAGAGAUCCUGGAGAGCGUCGUCGACUUCCUGAAGAAGGAGAAGGACCACCGGGCCGCGAGGACGGCGUCUCCCGAGGAGCAGGGGCCCGCCGGCGGCCCCCAUCGCAGCUACCACGACGGCAUGAGGUCCUGCCUGCUGCGGGUCAGCCAGUUCAUCGCCUCCAAGAGCCUGGAGCUGGAGGAGGCCAACGCGCUGCAGGCCUCGCUGAAGCUCUCGGGGCCUCUGACGGCGGUGGUCGCCCCCGGUGACGUCCCCGCCGCACUCUCCCCUCAGCGUCUCGUCUCGCAGGGGUCCGAAACCAGGCAGACGCUCUCCUCCGCAUCAGUGCCCGACCCGGUCUGGAGACCCUGGCCUAAAUGACGGACACGUUGACAGAUUUGUACAGCAUGGACACUUUUUUUUUGCACAGAUCUUCUUUAGUUUUCACAUAUUUCCCUUUUUUUUUUUUUUACAUACCUAUAUAAACCCAGGACGCACCGAUCCACUUUUUGUCACUUCCGACACCGAAAACCUGAGGCUUAGUGUCGGCCGAUACCGAUCCAACGCGCAGGAAGCAGAGCUGAAUUGACUUUAAACGUUUAUUUUAAACAUUUAAAGUCAUAAACGUACCGGAUUCCAAAAUGCAUCUGAUGAGUCGGCGCCAGCACACGGCACACUUCCACAGCUUCACGAGUUUGGUCAGGCGUGUGAAAACGACAAAACUUUCAUUUGUUCAGUACUUUCAAUUCGGAGCAGAACAGCCCAUUCAAAAUGAGUAACAAAGAAACUGACAAAAAAAACAAAAGGUCGACUAUUUUGGUCAAACGUGU